AUGAGUGCAAUUCCAUGAAUUGGACAAGAUAUUGUUGAGUCAAGAAAUAUAACAGAAGAUAUUAAGGCAACUGUUUUGCCUACUAUUGGUACUGUUAGUAUACACGCAUUAAAAAAGGGUAAUAAAAUCAGAUUAAAUAAAAAAGAAUAUCUCUCUAUUCCUUCAUCUUUUAUAGCUUUUUUAGUGGGUUUUAUAGAUGGGGACGGCUAUAUUCAGGUAACUAGAUCUACAAAAGGGUUUAUAACCAUUAAACUUGUAAUUUCCAUACAUUUAGAUGAUAUUUCUACAUUACAAUAUAUGCAUUCUGUAUUAAAAAUAGGUAAAAUUACAGUAUAUUCUGACGUAAAAAAUCCCAGAUGUAAAUUAAUAAUUAAUCGAACGGAUUUACAAGAAGUUUUUUUUCCAUUGUUAAUACAUCAUGGUAUAUUUUUUUUAACGGAUACUCGUAGAGCUCAGUUCGAUUUAGCUAUGUUAAUAUUAAAACAGGAUAUAAAAGUUUAUGAUGAAAUACCCUUUGUAAGAACUAUAUCCUCCUUACAUUUAAAAGAAGCUCCCCAAACAGCUGAAGCUUAUGUAAGAUUAUGAUUUUUUAAACACUGAAUUGUAGGGUUUACUUGCGCGGAGGGUUCUUUCUUUAUGAAAAAUAAUAAUGAUGGAUGCUUUCAAAUAAAACAGAGAAUACACGUGUUGUUAUUUGAAGCUUUUAAACUGGUGUUUAAUACAAAUAGAAAAAUAGAUACGGAAAAAGGUUUAUAUAAUCAAUUUAGUGUGUGUUCUAAAGCUGAUAUACAAACAGUGAUUAACUUUUUCUCCUUUAAGGGUUUUCAUCCGUUAAUUGGGUUGAAAAGCCUUCAAUAUUUAAAAUGA